AAAUUAAGGUGUCUAUUUUCUGUGGUUUAUGCAUGUAUCUUUACUAACCAAAUAUUGUGUUUACAUUGGUUGCUGAAGUAUUAUGAUUUUUAUCUGCUAUUUGUAUCAUUUUUCUUCCCUUAUCAUACAUGCAAAAAGCUUUUUAUCUUUCCUGGGUCCGAAGUUAAAGAUUUUGCCCCACCUUUAUAGUACUUCAGAAAUGAUCUUUUAUUUGAGCUCCUCUGUACAUUUUGGAGUAACAAAAGAUAAGAGUGGCCAGAUAUCUUAUUCCAUAGAGAGAAAUUCUGAUAAGUUAAACUGUUCUUUUAUCUGUGCUUUAAGGUGUUCUUGCUGUAUUUGCGUGUAGUUUUUGUAAAAUCUUUAUUUAAGCAAAUUUUGCUUUAUAAUUAAUUUUUAAAGUAGUAUGAACUGCCAGUUAAUUAUGCUUUGAUGUGAAACACUUAAUGAAGGAUGUACAUGUAUACUUAAAGUGAAGCAAACUCUGUCUUAUCAAAAGGUUAUAGAACUUCUGAUAAUAAGUGCCUUGAAUCUAAAGAGAAAUUGUAAUCAAGAUACAUUUCUAAUUUUACUUCUCAGUUGCAAUAAUGGAAAAAAUAGUCUUUGCUGAUACUUUCACCAAAACUUUCAAGAAAGUUUUGAAAGUACCAAUAGUUAUUAUAGAUGAUCCUAUAUUUCGUUUGCACUACAAGUUUACUGGCUUAGCUCUUCUUUUUGCAAGUAUUUUAGUUUCUGGAUAUCAAUUCUUUGGCAAACCAAUUUUAUGCAUUCAGAGAGAUGAUGUACCAGAGAACCUAUUAAAUACUUAUUGUUGGAUUGAGGGGACAUUUACAUUGCCGAAAGCACUUUCUAAGAAAGUUGGAGAAGAAGUAGUAUAUCCUGGCGUAGAUAAAUAUAAAAUUGGAGAUGAAGUUGUUGAACAUGCAUACUAUCAGUGGGUCUGCUUUGUUCUAUUUCUUCAAGCCCUUAUGUUUACUGUUCCUCACUUUAUAUGGAAAACUUUAGAAUCUGGAAGGAUGAAAGCUCUUAUACAGAAACUUAGCAAUCCUGUUUUACCGGAUGAAGAAAAAACACUGUGCUAUACAGGAUUGGCAACUUACUUCCGGGCUCGACGAGAUGAGCAUCAGUAUUACGCUAUGAAAUUCUUUUUAUGUGAAGUACUCAAUUUUAUAAAUGUGGUGGGUCAGAUCUAUUUCAUCAACAAAUUUCUUGGAGGUGAGUUUCUGAAGUAUGGUGCAGAUGUUGUUAAAUAUGUAAAUGAGGAGCAAGAAGACCGCAUUGAUCCUAUGAUCCGAGUCUUUCCUCGUAUCACCAAAUGCACAUUUCAUCGAUAUGGUUCUUCUGGUGAUGUGCAAAAGCAUGAUGCUCUCUGCUUAUUACCUCUGAACAUUGUAAAUGAGAAGAUUUUUGUUGUGAUGUGGUUUUGGUUUGUCAUCCUUGCCAUUUUAGGAGGAUGCCUACUUAUUUAUCGAUUGAUUAUUAUGCUAUCUGCACAAGCCCGUUUCAUUCUUCUUACUUUUGUUGCAAGUCUUACUUCAAGAGAAGAUAUUAAAUCUCUGAUUCCAACAUUUAAAUAUGGAGACUGGUUUUUGUUGUACCUUCUUGCUGAUAAUAUUGAUAAUCUUCAUUUUCGUGAAUUUGUUCUUCAACUCAAAAAACCUGAUUAUGAUGGCUCAUCUGAAACUUCUGUUGGUUACCCAAAAAGUAUCGACUUGCAACUUGAUGAUGUGGAUAAAGGUGAUUUAAAAUCAUCUGGAAAGUUUCGUACAUUUAGUGGAAAGGAUGAAAGCAGUGUUUAAAUGUAUUUUGUAUGUAAAAUUAUAACAAUUAAGAUAGGGGACAAAACUUUCAACUGUUAAUUUUGAUUUGAAUUUUUUUAGAAUAAGAGUAUGUUGCUGAUUAAAAACUGUGAAUGUAAUGUAAUUAUGUUUAUGCUUUCAUAGGAAUAAUCAUAAAUAUUGAAAGACAGUUGAUGUUCACGAUAUUUUUACACCUUAGAACCUUGUUUUAGCAUUUGUGAACACUUCAGAUAGUUUCUGUUUGAUAUAAUAUUAGACUUUUUAAUUAAAAAGUAGAAAUAAUUUUAUACUCUCACAGUUACUAUUGAUUUUUUUUUAAUGCUAAGCUAGAAAUGAAACCAAAACAAAUUUUAAAAUGUGUAAAAAUAUGAAAUUAAAUAUUCAGUGCUUGUAAAAUUAACAGUCUUUCAGAAGUUAAUAUUUUAGUAAUGCAUCUGUAAAAUAUCCUAUUCAGAACAUCUGCAGACAGAAAUCAGUCAUUUGGAGAGAGAUGUAUAUUUCAGUACUUGCUUUUUUUAGUUUUGUUUUGAAACAAUGUUAAGUAAUUAGCAUUUAUUUUUUAUUUCCAGUAUUCCUAAAAUUGUAUUGGAUAAACAUUUUAUUCUGUGUGUAACAUAAUUAGCAUCUGUGAGUGCAAUUUUGCUGCUUUAUUUGUCAAUUAGUAAUAAAUGAACUAUUGAUGUACAUAACUUUCUGUCAUAUACAUAAAUCAGAACUUUGAGUUUUCAGAAUGACAUUAAUACAAAAAUAAUGUUUUUGAUAUAUAAUGCGAUAUAAUUAUUAAACAAUGUACUGUUAUUGGCAUGCUUUUGUAUUUGAAAUCUAUGGCUUUAAAUCAAGCAACAAAAAAUACUUCAUCAGCCAAUAUGUAGAGGUCGUUUUUAAAUCUUUUGCUGAUAAAGUUGUUCUUUAUUGUUUGAAAGCCAAUGUUUAGAAAGCCUUUUGUUACAAUUAAGAAUUUUUUAUAAGAUUUAUCAUAAUAUAUGUAUUGCAUAUCAAGAAUUUUAUCUACUCUGUGCAGAAACCUUGUGAUAUGCCAAAGUUUAAAGGUUUGAGCAAUAUUGUUAGUUCUCAUAUUCAAGGAACUGUUCAUAUUGAACUGUUCUGGAAGAACUAUAGUUAUUAGGCCUGUAAUUAUCAAAAGCAGGAUACAUAUUAAUUUCAUAAAUCUUAAGUUUCUCAUUGACAAUAAUUUGCUGCAAAAAUUUGUGUAAAUUUUUAAAAAAAUUAAAGGCAGUAUGAAUUGAAAUGGCUUUCCUAUAGGUCAGAAAAUAACAGUCUUGUAUUUAUUUGAAGGCUAUAGUUUUUAAAAUUAUAUUUCUGUAUUGUUUUAUUAUUCAUCAAUCUGUGAGCUAGAACUAUGCAUAGGUAUUUUGUAACCUGAAGCAGAAUAAAUGCCCACUUAUAUAUACAGUGUAGGGAGUUUAAAAUACCAUUUGGUGCCCUUCUAUUUUAUUAUUCAUUAAUCUGUGAGCUAGAACUGUGCAUAGGUAUUUUGUAACCUGAAGCAGAAUAAAUGCCCACCUAUAUAUACAGUGUAAGAAGUUUAAAAGACCAUUUGAUGCCCUUCUAUGCUGUUCAACAGCCUAAUGUUGAGCCUGUCUUUAACCUGCAAUGAAUUAUUAUAAAUCUUAUGUUUUGAUGGCCUAUAUGCUACUGCAUUUGCAAUCUGAAUGAAUACUCUUUUAGUUACGAGCUUUUUGUUUGUUUUUCUUUAACCUCACUCAUAAAGGUUAUUCUGUUAACAUCCUCAAUUAUGCAAACCAUUGAAAUUUUCAUAUUCUUUUCUGUGUAAAGUGAUGUAUCUAUUUUCAAUUUUGAUAUGACAUACAGCAUAAAUAUUCUGAAAAGUAACAUUCCACAGUCUAUGACAUACAUUAUAUGUAUGUUCGAGAUAUAUGAUGUAUACAAUAUUUCCUCGCAUAUUCCCCUCCUUUAGCUAAUUUCAUUGUCCAAAAAUUAAGAGGAGAAAAUUAUAUGAGUAAUUUAAUUUCCAAAGAAUGUGAUUACAGUAAGGACAUAACAAAUGAAAUAUAGUCAUAGAUAAACUACUGGAAUAUUAUUUCUUUUAAAGAAAUAUACAUUUCAGUAAGAAUACACAGUAAUAUUAACAUUGGAAUAUCUGACAGCGAUGAACGUGCAACAUGUCCAACUCUGUUACCUUGUCGAGACUCAGGAGUACCUCAUAUUAAUUAGUCUUGACUGCGGUUCCCAAGAGGGACAUCAGAAGAAUAAAAGGGGUGAAAAAAGACCCAGAUUUAAAAAAAAUAAACACAUCAGCAGUACAUUAGGCUACAAAGAGUUGUAAUGUAAAUAACAGAAAUAAGGUGAAAUCACACGUUUAGUUUCUUAAAAACGAAAGGAAAAAGCAUUGCAGUUCUAAAACAUCAUCGUUGAAAAUAAAACAGUUCUAAAUAUCAUAGUUUUAAAAUGUAAAAGAAAAAGCACCUACUAAUCAUCGCAUGAUGAUAACAUUGCAGAUAUUUCAGGCUUUAGAAAUAGCAAAUGCCUAGUGGUGUAAUUGUUUGUAAGCACAAGUAAAGAUGGGGCAUAUUUUUACCUCUAUAUUUCAUCUUCAUAUUUUUGGAUUACUUAAUAAAUCUUUGCUAAAAAGCAAGAGGGAAGCAUUUAAAAACCAAAGUGUGUAGAAAAUUAAUCCUACAUAUAGCAGCUAAUAGAAUUAAAAAUUUAUAUGCUUAGCUAUUAAAAGUCAUAAAGUAAUUAUCAAACUGUAAAAUUAUUUUCUUUUACUUUUAUUAAUCUGAUGUUUUUUAUUAAAAAUAUAAGUCUCUUUUUUUCCCCAGUUCAUUUGUCUUCUUAAAAGUGUGAUUAAUGUUUUUAAGUACAGCUUCAUUUGGAUGUUGAUUCAUUAGUUAUGAUGAAAUAUGUCAGGAGGAAGCUGCAUAAUAUUUCAGUAGGUAUUUGGAUUUGUUGAAUUACUGCAUUAGGACAUUUGCAUCAUUCAUUGUAAAGGCUCAAAUUAAAAAUUAUACCUAGAAAAUGUAAAUGCCAAUUGUUUUCAGAAAGAAUAUAUAAUUAAAGUGAUUUCUCUUGGUGACUAUCUUCCUAAGAUUAACAGUUUUUCUGAAAACACAAAUAAAGAUAGGUAUUAAACAAUACAUCUCUAAAAUCACCACAUCUAACAGAUGACUGAAAAGAUGUAGAAUCAUCAAUGGUCUCUUUAAAGAGGAUUUUUUUAUAUUUAACUUUACAUUUAGGCAUUUUCAUAAAUAAUUUCAAAUACCGUUUAAUUUCUUCAGAUACAUUUUAUUUGAAAAUUUGUAACUUAUUAUUGGAAAUUUUAUAUCAUACAGUGAACCAUUUUCUUAGAUGACCGAUUCUAAAAGUGAAGUAUAGCUGUGAAAUUUUAGUAUUAAAUCUCAUCUUUCUAAGAUGAUCUGUUAGACGGGUAAAUCAUUUAGAAUCGUAAAUGGUUGCCUUAGAGAGGGUUCACUGCAUCUAGCUUUUGCAUUUAGGUAAUUUUUACUUUCUUUAGUAAGUAUUUAAUUUUAUGUUUUUGAUUUGAAGCAACUUCAAAUAUUUCUUGUCUUUACUUAACAAGUAUUGAAUAAUGUCUUAGUGAUAUCCUUUGGAAGUGACCAAUAAUUGGUUUAUUGUUAAAGAUUAUUUCAUAUGUUGAUAGAUAGGUAUUUUAUCCGCACUUUUUGUCAAACUACUGAGGGAUAUUGCUUAGGAAGUGAGACGAUUUUGAGGAAAACUGGCUCAUAUUAAUAAUUACAGUAAAAAUACUGGUUUUCUAUUUUUUAAAUCAUGUUUUGUUGUUUUUGUGUUACUCAUGUUUUUGUUGUCUUGGAAUUUCUGAGUUUUCGAAAUACCUUAAUUUAUGCACAAUCUUACUAGAAAUCGAUAGCGAAAUUGAAUUAAUACUUCUGAGUGAUUUAAUUUUACGUCAAUUUAUGCCCUUGGAAGUUUUAACUAGUAAAUUGAGGCUUCUAUUUGUCUCUGUAAUUUUGUUUUAUUAAAAAUAAAAACUAAUAAAAUAAAAACUUCAAUAGACAUUCUCUAACAAGACUUUUAUUUUCACUGAAUGAAAAUUUUUAAUUACAAUUUGUCGUAUUUCAAUGGCUAAUGUUGUGAAUAAAAAAAAUGCCACUGUUUAUGAUGUAUUAUUUUAAAUGUUUUAUAAAGAUAUGGUUUUGAAUGUAAAUAAUAACUAAAAAUUAAUAUCCAUGCUUACUUGCUCCCUGAUUAUUUUUUAGUUAAAGUGAUCAGCUACAAUCCUUUUUCAGUAAAAGAAAGAUAUUUUGUGCCUCUAUGUAUUAAACUAAAAGCAUCUAAGAUAUUUUAGGAAAAAAUAAUUUUAAAAAAGGCACAUUUAUUUUCAUUUUAUAAUGUUUGAAAAACAUAAUAUUUUAUUUCUAAAUUAUGUAAAUUUCAAUACUACACUUUAUAUGUAAUGGAAAUUUCGAGUUUCAUUUUUAUGUGUUAAAAAAAGUAGUUGCAAAUAUUUAAAAUUAUGUUUAGAAUUUUAUUUAAUGGAUCUUUUUGAUAACUAAUUUGCCCAUGUGAAAAAUUCAAAAUAUCUUCUUACAGAUUGUUGAUGCUCUCAUUCUGAAUUGUUUAUCUCAUUUCUAAAAUGUAACUUUGGUUUUUCAAAAGAAUAUUCUCUGUUCUGCCAAAUCAUGAGCAAAGUUGAUAGCUAAAUUGAUACAAAUUAAUCUUUUGCUUAAAACAUGUUGCAUUGUACCCAGAGGCAGAAGCAAAGGAGGAAAACAGCUUUUAAUCCUACAACUUUAGUGGGUAGGUUCAAAAAUGUGAUAUCACCAUCAGAAAGGACAUAUCGAGAGACUAAGCAACUCCUGAAUAUUUGGUGUCAAAAGCUAUUUUUUGAAUAGAAAACAGAUGAAAGUUCCAGUGACUGAAGAAGAUGCUGCUUGUGCUUAGUAAUUGAACAAAUAAAAAUAAAAUUUCAUCUGUUGACUAAAA